UAUUUAGCGCAAUGACUUAACCACUAAACGUCCAAGUACAUAAUAUUACGUUGACAUGCUUUUAAAUGAGGAUCUUAAGUGGUUAAAAUAGAAAAAAUGCUGUACGAUCGAAGUGCUACGCCAAUGAUACACGUUCUUUUAGUUUAAUCGGUAUGGCUGCCGCGAGACUUGCGGACACUUGCGGACAGACAGAUCGCGUUGCGACACGCAAGCGAGCAUUGUCGGGUGUCCUUAAAUGCAACUUUCAUUCAAUAGUGCACAAAGUAAAUACGCGUAAAUAUUAUUCUACUGCACGCUGGUGAUUAACAAUAUAACAAUAAAUUGUUUAAAGUGGUGAAAAAUUAUGAAAGGAUUGACAGAAGACCUAAAAAGAAGUGAAAUUGUGACAGGCUUAAAAACAUCUUCAAAGUUAAAUACAGCAACGAUCGAGAUAGAGAAAAUUGAUACGAUUUUUUCUUUUAAAUUCAAUAGAAUAAGUCAAAAUCAGUUAAAUUAAAUGUAUUUAUAAUUAUUAGUUUGUUAUAAAAUGUGAUUAUUCUAAAAAGAUUGUGCCGAUUAAUUGUUCGACUUGAGAGAAAGUCAACAGUUGUUUCAAACGGUAGACACGUAGUUCAAAUUUCAAACUAAACUUCGUGUUGUUACCAAAUCGAGUGCAUUAAAUUAAUUGCAAAGUAUGUGGUUAUGUGGAUACAAAGAAAUUUCUGAUAUAUUGGUGAAAAUUGAUUUGAUAACAUUAGACUGAAAACAUAUUUUUCAUAUUUGUUGUGUAGAAUUCCAAGAGAUAUGUUCAUUUGCAAUUGUUUCCCGUUGUGUCGAGUGAACGACUGAAGCCGGAUAUGAAGAACGUAAAAGGAUCAUCGCAAAAAAAACGGGAAAAAAUAGCGGAUGCAUUGGACACGAAUGAACGGGUGGCAUGAAUGACAGAUGUGUGUUUGCAUAGACACGAUCCAUCUCUUAAGGUGUUCCGAAUUAGCGUGGCUUAAUUUAAGCAUAUCGAACCACGGUAUCGGUGGAUCGAAUGCGGUCGCAUUCAUAUUUAAUGUACCGUAGACCAAUGUAACGCAAUGUUCGUCAGAUUGGCCAUCACUAUUACGGCAUUUUGCCUGUGGAACGGAGUUGAUGACAUUUUUGAUUACAUCAAAAAGCCACUAUGGAAAACCAAAGUUUUGGAAAUUAUCUUACUAGAAGCUUGUGGUAUUUAACCUGUACUUUCUAAUAUGUCCGGAGAAAGCGUCGACGAGAUUUCCUUCGACGUGCGUCUUGGGUAAAUGUGAAACUAGAAUACAUUUUAGAAUUUACAAUUGAAAAUAAAAAAAGAAAACGUUUUAACUGAUCCAUGUUUACAAACAAAUUAAUUUUUGUUCUUGAAUGGAUAAAAAAGUCUUCUCCAGGUUUAGGAAGUCAAUUCAGUGACAACACACCUCCCGUCAUGUGGAUAGAUCGAAAUUUGGUACUUCAAGAUUCAGAGCCCGUUGGAAGUAUUGUAACUAGAGCUCGUGCAGAAGACAACGAACAAGGUCAACUGACCUACGGUCUUGAAUCUCUUAGACAUGACUACAGUGGAAACGACAGUCCGCAACCACCGCUUCCCUUCUUUAUUGACAAUCGUACCGGCAUUAUCUACGUUAAUGAAACGCUCAAAGACAGAGGAGGGCAGAACCUGUUCCUCUACGUGACCGUCUCCGAUGGUCAACUCACAACAAAGACCGAGGUCUACAUCACCAUCAAGAAUACUUCAAGUCCCAAUGGAGGACACACCAGAAAUCCAUUUUUGGGUCAACACGGUUCCGGUGGAAGAAUACGACCGCCAUUGUUGGGUCUACCUAAUCUACAAAACUACCCUAGGCCACCAUUACCUCACACACCGGUGAUAUCGCCACCAAUAGCGCCACUGUCUAAUGUACCUAAAACGACAAAAUUACAACCGGAAGAAAGAAAACAGAACGAUAGUGAUCCGAAUGGCAGCACCAUUAGUGGCUUCGAAGAAGCUACAGAGGAGAAUGAGGUCGAGGGGCCGCCCCUUAGCUCAAAAAUUGCACCUGCGGAGGCACCGCCUUCUCAAGAUAUAGCGAUGACCUUGGUACCUGUUACAGCGGUCUGCGUUCUUGUAGUGGGCCUCGGGAUGGGUGCCUGGUCUUUAAGAAAUAAAUUCUGUGGCAGCAGGAAAUCUAAAGAAGAUACGAAAGAACAAGCUUCUGUUAGUGUCUCGAAUAUAUCGGACGAUCCAUCUCUUGUUCUAAAAAGAUGGAGAGGACCAAAAGCGCACAAUAAUCGAUACGAGCCCUGGGAAAAAGAGAAUCAGACUAUACAAAAUAAGCAGGAAGAUCAAUGGGAAUUUCCACGACAUCGACUGAAGGUUUUUAACAUCCUUGGAGAAGGUUGUUUUGGUCAAGUUUGGAAAUGCGAGGCGUUGGACAUAGACGGGAAUGCUGGCGCGACUAUUGUAGCUGUAAAGACUUUAAAAGAAAACGCAACGGAAAGAGAACGUUUAGAUCUUGCUCAAGAGUUGAGAGUGAUGAAGAAUUUAGAUCCUCAUCCAAAUGUAGUCAGAUUACUAGGUUGUUGUACAGAACGCGAGCCAAUGUUCGUGAUAUUAGAGUAUGUAAGUGGUGGAAAACUGCAAAGUUUCUUGAGGGCAUCCAGAGAAGAAAGAAACCAUGGUGGACCUGGAUUAACAUCCAGAGAUCUGACUGGAUUUGUUUACCAGAUUGCCAAAGGCAUGGAGCACUUGGCUUCGAAAGGAAUUAUACACAGGGAUUUAGCCGCGAGAAAUAUAUUGAUCGAUGAGAAUCGUGCGUGUAAAGUCGCAGACUUUGGAUUCGCACGAGACAUUGCUGUGAAUCAAAUAUAUGAAAGAAAGUCUGAAGGAAGGCUACCCAUUAGAUGGAUGGCCCCAGAAAGCUUGUAUGACAACAUCUUUUCCGUGAAGUCGGAUAUAUGGAGCUUUGGUGUAUUGAUCUGGGAAAUUGUAACAUUAGGAUCUACACCUUACCCUGGUUUAGCAGCAGCAGAAGUAAUGAGGAGAAUCAAAGAAGGAUACAGGCUAGAUAAACCAGAGCACUGCAAGAGAGAAUUGUAUAAUAUUAUGUAUUAUUGUUGGAACAAAGAUCCAGCUUGUAGGCCAUCGUUUGGAGAACUCGUCGGUCUAACUGAAGGCCUAUUACUUGAUGAAACUGAUUACAUUGAAUUAGACAGGUUCCCAGACCACUCAUAUUACAACGUACUUAAUCUCAGUGGAGAGAAAUUGUAAAUGGUGUAUCUAAAAUAACAUGAAAUUUUGUGAAUGAUUUUCAACUAAUGUAUAAAAUUUUUUAGCAAUUAGAACAUUCAAUUUUGUAUAUUUUUAUCAAAUCUGACUGACUAUAUGUAUUAUUUUCUUUUUCAUAAUAUGAUUUAUACUGCAGUCAAAAUUACACUGUACAUACAAAGCAUUUAUAUCAUUUAUAUCAUAAAUGCUUCGGUUUGAUUACACAGAUUUUUAUUCAAACAUCCUUCAAUAUGUAAAUAUAGAAAACAUAUUAUGUCAUUAGUGUAUUUUAUAAGUUAUUCAAUCGAUGGUAAUUAUUUACAUUAAAAUUGUACAUACAUACUUACAAUUUUA